AUGGAACAUUUUGUAGCAGCUCAGGUAAAUAGGCAGCAUGAUUCUCAGCAGGGUAUUGUUGCUGAGACUAAUCAAUGGACAGCCCCCAGUCCUUGCUUUCUUAAAAUCAACAUAGAUGGAGCAAUUUCUGAGGCGAAAGAAUCUGCUGGUGCAGGAGUAGUUGUUCGAGAUUGGAAUGGUCGAUUUGUGGCGGGUCAUAGCCGAAGAAUUCCAG